GAACCGGGACGGGGAACUGAGGUACUGGGCUAAGUGGGCUCCUCCAUUCUCGCGGGGCAGAGCGCUCGGCGUGAGGAGGAGUGGCGGGUUGUGUGCGAGGGGAGAGCCCGCGAGCUUCGUGGUCUUGUGAACGUGUGACGAAUUUGCCUCCUUGGAUAACACUAGAUUAGCUUGGCACGUGGCUUACUACAUCUCCAAAGCUUCAAAAUAACAUUGGUGGAUCCAUGUCAGAGUUUCAGAGCUCUUGGGAAUUAUAUCAACAGAGUAUCCCAGAUGACCUGGAUGUCGAAAUGGAGCCGAUGGUGCCGUGUCCAACCUUUACUGAUACAGCCACCGACUUUGACAGGAACAUUCCCCGGAUCUGCGGUGUUUGUGGAGACAAAGCUACCGGCUUUCAUUUUAACGCUAUGACCUGUGAAGGCUGCAAAGGAUUUUUUAGGAGGAGCAUGAAAAGAAAAGCAAUGUUCACAUGUCCAUUCAAUGGUGACUGUAAAAUUACCAAAGAUAACCGGAGGCACUGCCAAGCUUGCCGGCUGAAGCGUUGCGUUGACAUAGGCAUGAUGAAGGAAUUUAUACUGACCGAUGAAGAGGUUCAGAGGAAAAGAGAGAUGAUAAUGAAGAGGAAGGAGGAGGAAGCUCUUAAGGAAAGCCUAAAGCCCAAAUUGCUGGAGGAACAACAACGAGUUAUUGAAACUCUUCUUGAAGCCCAUCGCAAAACUUAUGAUCCUACUUAUUCAGAUUUCACUCAAUUCCGGCCUCCUGUAAGACAAAAUUCAAACCAAGAACACAGAAGUCGAUCUUCUUCUAACAUGACCCCAGGUUUUUCCUUCUCAGAUGAUUCUUCAGAUACUUCCAGCUUCUCUUCAGAGCCCAUGCUGCUUUCCAACCUGGAGUUGAACGACGACAGCGCAUCCAUGUCCAUCGACUUCUCCCACCUCACCAUGUUGCCUCACCUUGCUGAUCUUGUCAGCUACAGCAUCCAGAAAGUUAUUGGAUUUGCUAAAAUGAUUCCAGGGUUCAGAAGUCUAACAGCGGAGGACCAGAUUGCUCUCCUGAAAUCCAGUGCCAUUGAGGUGAUAAUGCUCCGUUCCAAUCAGUCAUUUUCCCUGGAGGAUAUGUCCUGGACUUGCGGCAGCAAUGACUUCAAAUACCAAAUCAAUGAUGUCACUCAAGCUGGCCACAGCCUAGACUUACUGGAGCCCCUCGUUAAAUUUCAGAUUGGUCUGAAGAAACUGAACCUGCAUGAAGAAGAACACGUGCUCCUCAUGGCCAUCUGCAUCCUUUCUCCUGACCGCCCUGGCGUUCAGGACACAGCUCUGGUGGAGUCCAUCCAGGACCGUCUUUCACAAAUCCUGCAGACCUACAUUCUUUGCCGACACCCUCCUCCAGGCAACCGCUUGCUCUAUCCCAAGAUGAUCCAAAAGCUCACAGACUUGAGGAGCCUGAAUGAGGAGCAUUCCAAGCAAUAUCGCUGCCUCUCCUUCCAGCCCGAACAUAGCAUGCAGCUCACUCCGCUGGUCCUUGAAGUCUUUGGCAAUGAAAUCUCCUGAGUCACCACUGAGGGAAAAAAGCACAUGGAAAUCAAGAGUCCCGGGGGGGGGGGUAUCAGCCCAGCUUUCCACGUGCUACAGACUGAAAGUUUUUACCCCACGUGAGGUUGUGUAUAUUCUGUCAGUGAGAAAUUGAUUUCUUCUCUCCCCUUCCCCCCCACGCUACCUGCAGAGCCACACUUGUGAUAUACGUCUCCAGUCUCUUGCUGAGGAGCAACUGAUUCAUCUUAUUCCACCUGCCCUUCAAAACUGGAUGGUUUCUCUGUUGCUGCUUUGCAGUAAUGAAAGGAAAUGUUGCUUUUCAAGCCAGCAGUUGAAACCUCUGUAGCGUGGCCUUAGAAAGACACCAAUUGUGCAAGAGCACCCACAGAGAAUGAGUGGAAUGAAAAAUGGAACCUGGGUAUAUUCUCUUUUCUAUAGGAUAGUAAAAGCUUUCAGUCUGGUACAAUUGUAAUACACAGAGAUAUCAAAGUGCUCGUAUUUAUUGAAUAUAAUGCACUUCUUAUCAUUUCCUGCCAAAUAUCAACAGGUCACUUCAACAGCAAGAUGGGCAGCACAUCAGUUUAAUGAAUAAAUUUAGUUAAUAAAUAAGAUGCUUCAACAGCAGUAAAAAAAAUCUAUUUAUUAGCCAAAUGAAGAAAGAUUUGUUAGAAUAAAUAACCAUCUUGGGUUUGGUGUUUUUUUUUUAAUGCAAUUUGUCAAAUGCAUAGAAAUAGGCUAGCACUUUUUUAGCCCUUAAUAAUCUAUAAUAGGAACUGAAAGACUUUGGUUCUAAUCAUGUGCUCCUCAGUGGGGAAUACAGACACGUUCUUAAAAACCAGGUUCCUGCCAGAAUCUCUGCACUAUUAAAAUGAUGGUCAUCUUUGCCGCUUCCAGCCUUAAACAGUGUCUGACACUACUAAUUACUAAGAGUUGAUGAGGAAUAAUCCAGAAGUAUAAUACUGACUUUUAGUCUACCCAAGAAUGCUUGGUUUGUUCAGAAAAAUGGUAUGGUAUCACUUUUUAAUGGAUUGUAGAAAGGAUUCCUAUGAUCAGAUUAAAUUGCAUACAAAGCAGCUUAAUUAUCUGAUGGAGAAUAAGCAAUUUUCAAUUGUUUCCAUUUUGGGGCUAUAAUGUUUGAGUCAGUUCUUAGCCAUUCUCAGGAGACUGAAACUAAUUUAUUUUUUAUACUGGUAAAAUGUUUACUCUAAGUUUGACAACCUCUGGGCUACUUGAUUUCUAGAAAAAUUAAGUACAUAUGAGCCAUUUGUUGACAAGGAAAAGAUCUUGUCAUCAGUCAUGACUUUGCCAAGAGCAUGUGUGGUUUAGGUAGCUUUUUGUUGCAUUGGUCCCAAAUAAUAUGAAAUAAGAUGUGGACCAAUGUCUCUUUGACGAAGGAGUCUACAAACAUUUGGGUGAGAGAUUUAUUAAGACUGCACCAUUAAAAGAUGGAGUUAACUGUCAGUUUGAAAGAGAAAACAUGAUUAUAGGUAAAUGUUCUCCUGCUGAAACUUAGGUAGUAGAUUAUAUUGCCUACUUUAAAGACAUAUUGAACAUUCAUCAUUGUGUAGUUCUGUUUGGUUUUAAUUCUUGGUGAUAACAGCAGUUUGCACUCUAUACAUCGCUACAUAUUUUAAUAUAUCAGGUAAAAUAACUAUUCUGCACAGAUAGGAACAGAUUAGAUAAGCGUUUUUUUUUUUUAAAAAAAAAAGAUUGUGCUGGUUAGAUUUUACAGACGAUAUAAGAAGAUAAGAGCUAGAGAUUUCCCAUUUGGAUUGAAAUCUGCCCUUUGCUCACUAGGUGUCAGUAGGGUAAUAGACUAGACUGUAAUUCUUGUGAAAGCGCCUUGAGUUUGCUGCAAAGCAAUUUUAUCUUUUUCUAGAAUGAUUAGAUUGUUUUACUCUGAAAUUAGCCUAAAUUACUAGGAUUGGAAGAUUCCAUCAAAGCCUUAACUUCCUUCUGUACGUCUCUGAGAGUUGGCACAAAGGCAGCCCACCCACAUGCAACAAGUCCCUGUGGUUGGAUGUGUGUGAGCAUAUGCCUGUAGUUGCCCCUCCUGCAGCUAGCUCCUUUUGCAGGGACACACAUUAAAGCUAGAACCAGAAAGCUUGAACCUUUGCAACCCAGAAAUACAUUGGACUUUCACAUUAUCCAAGCUAACCAUUUUAGAUACAGCAUCUCCAUUUUAAAACCUUGCUCCUUCGAACUGCAGAAAUGCAUCAUCACUUCAAUGAACCCUCCUUAGCUUUGAUCAUUUGAAUGAGCUUUUUAAUUAAUAUUUGUACUCCAUCUCAGCAUCUAAACUGAUAAACAGUUUUAAAGAUAGGAUUGAGUUCAUGUUUCCACCAUAUGCUUGAGUCAAGAACACUUUUAAAAGUCAAACUCACCUCAGCAAAUACAUAGUAGAGUCACAGAAGGGAGUUGGGGCAAAUUUAAGCUCAUUGGUGGUAUCAAGUAUCGAAAGAGACUUUUAGAAGAAAAUUCAGGUACCCAAUAUGGAAUGCACAGUAUACACAUUGUUAAUUUGUCUGCCAUUUAAAAUGCUGCUAGAACAUAAGCACGCUAAUUUGCUAUAGGGGGUGUUUGUUUCUGUAUCUUAGACAUUUCUGUCAUUUUUUUCAUGGUUAGAUCAAUAACAAGAUCCUACAUGUGUUGCAGUCAUGGAUAUAAGAUUUGGGAUCCAUCCCAUAUCAGGAAAUAAUCUCCAUGCCAAAGAGGGGAGGAGGAGGAAGAGAAGAAUAGUUAAAGCUUUUCUGCCUAGGAGAGGAGUGGAACUAAUCAGCCUCUCAAAUUCUGUGCGCUCAACUGAAUACAGCAGUCAAGUUACUAUGGUGAGGCAGGCUAUUUAGUGUAGGCUGAAAAUAUUUCAUGUGAAUUCGUUUUGGAGGCUUUAAUAUCAGUGACAUUUGAAUCAAAGCUGCUCUGUUCUGAAAGACAUUAGGGCUCUUUUUCCACCUCUGCAUGUAAAAGCCAAACCUGUACAGUUAAGAGUAGAGAAGGGUAGCUUACUAGAUGAGAAACACAAAUCACCUCCAUUUUGUUGCCUUAUGUUAUAAAUUGUCAUGCACUUUAUCAAAAUCAAUAUAAUGAUUUAAAGAGAUAAAUAUAUAUUUUAAUUACAGUGAUGAAGGUGGUGGUGGUGAUGAUGAUGAAUGAUGCAAACCUAGAGAUGAAUGCUAUCUUUUUAUUCCUCUGUACAUCUUUUGGCUUUUUUUCUAACAAAGAUCUAAUAUUUAAAUAUACUAUUCCAGACCUUUAAUAAUAAAGAAUGAUUGAAUACUGUUUU